AUGCAUGUUUGGUUAGUUUGGUGGCUAGCUGUCUUCGCGGCAGUGGCAUCAGCCACAUCAGAUGCAUCUGGCACUUGCUCGAGUACAGUAUAUGUCACAAAAACAACUGAUCCGAAUUCUCCUACGUCUGCACCAGCAGUUACUGUUGCGCCGGAUGACAGUGGUCAAUUUACAGCAAUUGGCGACGGUAUCGAAUAUGCCCAGAAAAACAAAAUUCCAACAGUGACGGUUCUUGCUGGCACAUAUCCAGCAGUAACAGUAUCUGCUACCCCGGCGGUUGCAGUGAUAGGCGAAACAGAAAGCCAAUACGACUACUCGCAAAAUAAGGUUGUGAUAUCCGCAGCAGGAACUGCUCUCACUGUCUUGGCAAACGUUGCUGGACUCACAUUCGAAAACAUCAAUUUUAUUAAUACUGGAACUUCCGGAAGUGCUAUAAACCUGAAAGGAAAUGAAAUUGCAUUCUAUCAAUCGCAGAUUAUUUCGACCGGCAGUGCGGGUGUGACGGCCAAUUCCGCAGUAGUCCUGAUUGCAAACGGCUAUAUCGAAGCGCCGACCCGACUAAUCUACGGAGAUGCAAAUAUCUAUAUUUUCAACACGGCAAUUGUGCCCACAGGAAACUCCGCAUUGAUAGUUUACAGCAAAGGGGCCAACUCCAACGACCGAUCCACAGUCGUCGUCGAUCGUUCGACUAUUUCUCGGAAGCCCGGAGCGGACAAUGUCGACGUUGAUCUGGCAGCUGCAUACGGAACUGGAUCUGUCGCAGUAUAUAAAGAAUCGGUUCUUGGAGACUUGAUCGCGCCAAGAGGUGUCCAUAUCGAUAGCACAACCCAGAAUGACAACAAUCUCUACGGGGAAUACGGCACAACGGGCGCUGGCGCCUACGCUAGCAACAAAGAUGCUAGAUCGCCUUAUGUCAAACUGUUGACCUCCUCGGACCUUUCGCCUUUCACACUGACUAGCGUUCUGACAGGAGGUGAUCCUGCUGUCGCGGCAUCAAGUACUGCAUGGAUUGAACCCAAUAUCUUGGCUGCGAUCGAUAGUGCAGACGUUAUUGGUCCCUCGAAGGCUUCUACGGGCGACUCUGGCAGUAAUGAUGGUUCUGACUCCGACUCUGGGCCUGGUUCAGGAUCUUCUUCCGCUAAUGAUGGAUCAGGAUCAGGAUCUAGUGAUGGUGAUAGCUCAGAUGAUGGCUCAGGGUCGGGCAAUGGAGCAGGACCUAGCGAUGGAUCAGGCUCGGGGUCAUCUGGUAAUGGUUCUGACGAUGAAUCGGGAUCGGGAUCAGCAUCUGGUGACAGCGACUCAGCGAUGAUGCAUCUGGCUCGGGCUCAGCCACUAGCUCGGGCGAUGGAUCUGGAACUGGAUCUGAAUCAGCAUCAGGCGACGGCGAAUCUGGCGACAGCACUUCAGGUUCAGAUUCAGGAUCAGGAUCAGCUUCUGGCGACGGUAGCUCAGUUUCAGGUUCAGGUUCGGGUUCAAGCUCUAGCGAUGGAUCUGGAUCAUCCGGAAUUAGCUCAGAUGAUGGCUCUGCCUCAGGUUCAAGCUCUGGCGAUGGAUCGGGAUCGGGAUCAGCAUCUAGCGACAGCGACUCAGGUUCAGGCUCGGGCGAUGGAUCUGGCGAUGGCGAUAGCGGGUCUGGAGAUAGCGCAGGUGGAUCCGGUAACAAUGGCUCAGGUACUACUAGCUCGGGUGAUGGUUCGGGGACGGGGACGGGAUCGGGAUCAUCAAGCUCGGGGUCAUCGGGGGAUGGAUCAUCAGGAGAUGGAUCUGGCGAUAACGGCUCAGGAUCAAGCUCUAGCGAUGGCUCUGGAUCCAGCGAUGGUUCAGGUUCAGGUUCAUCAGGCUCAGGAUCUGGCGAUAACACCUCAGGUUCAAGCUCUGGCGAUGGCUCUGGAUCAAGCGGUGGUUCAGGCUCAGGCUCAUCAGGAGAUGGAUCUAGCGAUAACGGCUCAGGCUCAGGCUCGGGAUCAUCAGGAGACGGAUCUGGCGAUAACGGCUCAGGAUCAAGCUCUAGCGAUGGCUCUGGAUCCAGCGAUGGUUCAGGUUCAGGUUCAUCAGGCUCAGGAUCUGGCGAUAACACCUCAGGUUCAAGCUCUGGCGAUGGCUCCGGAUCGGGUGAUAAUGGCUCAGGAUCAAGCUCUGGCGAUGGCUCUGGAUCAAGCGAUGGUUCAGGCUCAGGCUCAUCAGGAGAUGGAUCUAGCGAUAACGGCUCAGGCUCGGGAUCAAACUCUGGCGAUGGCUCUGGAUCCAGCGGUGGUUCAGGCUCAGGCUCAUCAGGCUCAGAAUCUGGCGAUAACACCUCAGGUUCAAGCUCUGGCGAUGGCUCUGGAUCAAGCGGUGGUUCAGGCUCAGGCUCAGGCUCAUCAGGAGAUGGAUCUAGCGAUAACGGCUCAGGCUCAGGCUCGGGAUCAUCAGGAGACGGAUCUGGCGAUAACGGCUCAGGUUCAAGCUCUGCCAACGGCUCUGGAUCCAGCGAUGGUUCAGGCUCAGGCUCAGGCUCAGGCUCGGGAUCAAACUCUGGCGAUGGCUCUGGAUCCAGCGAUGGUUCGGGUUCAGGCUCAGGCUCAGGAUCGGGUGAUAACGGCUCAGGAUCAAGCUCUGGCGAUGCGUCUGGAUCAAGCGGUAGUUCAGGUUCGGGAUCAUCAGGAGAUGGAUCUAGCGAUAACGGCUCAGGCUCAGGCUCGGGAUCAUCAGGAGACGGAUCUGGCGAUAACGGCUCAGGAUCAAGCUCUAGCGAUGGCUCUGGAUCCAGCGAUGGUUCAGGUUCAGGUUCAUCAGGCUCAGGAUCUGGCGAUAACACCUCAGGUUCAAGCUCUGGCGAUGGCUCCGGAUCGGGUGAUAAUGGCUCAGGAUCAAGCUCUGGCGAUGGCUCUGGAUCAAGCGAUGGUUCAGGCUCAGGCUUGGGAUCAAACUCUGGCGAUGGCUCUGGAUCCAGCGAUGGAUCAAGCUCUGGCUCAGGCUCUGGAUCAAGCGGUAGUUCAGGCUCAGGCUCAUCAGGAGAUGGAUCUAGCGAUAACGGCUCAGGCUCAGGAUCCGGUGACAGCGGCUCAGGAUCAUCAGGAGAUGGAUCGACUCGGGGGAUGGUGCUGGUUCAAGCGGAGGCUCAUCCUCUACCGAUGUCGCUUCAGGGUCUGGUUCAAAUUCAGGCUCUUCGACCAGCUCUGGUUCGGGAGCAGGAUCUUCUGGAAAUUCCGACUCGAGCUCAGCGACGCCGGAAGCUCAUCAUCGACGUCCUCCGGGAAUGGAUCAGGCUCAAAUGAGAGCGGAUCAGGCUCCGGCUCCGGCUCCUCGUCAGCUGGUGGAGGCGAGGGGUCAGGCGAUAGUGGCUCUGGCCCUGACAGCUCAGAGGGAUCUGGUUCGAGCUCUGCAUCAUCGGGCAAUGGUAAUGGUGAUAGCAGCGGAUCUGGCUCGUCAUCCUCCGGGGAGUCUGGCAACGGUGGUGAUAGCGGGGCUGGGUCUGGUAGCGAUAGUGCUGGUUCAGGGUCGGACUCGGCCUCGGGAUCGGGACCGGGGCCGUCUUCCGGGAGCGGCUCAAGUGAUGGAUCAGGCUCAUCCUCUACCUUCGUGGUCUCGCCAAAUCCCUCCAAGGGCCAAUUCAAAGACGUGAGCGCGGCCCUUGCCGCUCUGCCAAAUGAUGGCAAGCCCUAUACUAUCUCCGUACAAAGCGGCUUGUACAAGGGUCAGAUCUCGGUCGCCCGCAAGGGUAAGGUCACCAUACGUGGUCAAACGUCUAACAUGAACGACUACGCUCAAAACACGGUGACAAUCGAGUUCACUAAAGGAGUCUCCACGAGUGCGAAUCAGCAACAGAAGCAGAGCACAGCAGUCAUCAGCACAGAGAGUGGGGACUCAGAAUCGUCUCUGGCGCUGUACAACAUCAACUUUAAGAACCCCUUUGGGAAGACACCAAAUUCGGUCGCGCUUGCGGCGGACUUCUCUGGAACUGUCGCCGCCUACGGUUGCGCUUUCAUUGGGAACCAGGGAACUCUUUUUUUGAAUAAGGGCAAGCAAGUCAUUUCGAACUCUUACAUCCAGGGCUCAGCCGAUUUCAUUUGGGGUUCGUCGACAGCCUUUUUGCAUCAAUCCGUCAUUGCAUCAAACUUCCCCGGGGGAGGCAUUGUAGCACAGUCUCGCCCAUCGGAAAAGGCCAGCGGUGGAAUUGUGUCGGAUGCAUCCUUCGUGACAUAUACUGAUUCCUACGGAAGCUCUUCGCGAUUGGUGUCGCGCUUGGAUGGACAGACCUACCUGGGCCGACCGGUCACCGAGUACAGUCGCGUCGUCUACAUGCAUUCAUUCCUUGAUAAACAUAUCAACCCGUUGGGGUGGACUGCUGGGCCCCCAGGGUCACCUAGCACAGACCAUGUCCUGUUCGGUGAAUACGAGAAUACUGGCCAGGGCAGCUCCCUUCAAGACCGCGCUCUAUUUGCUGCCAAUAUGACUCAUUCUGAGGCUCAGGCCUAUUCUCUAUCUCGUUGGAUUGGCAAUACAGCAUGGCUUGAUAUGAAUGCAUACAACUCCCCGCCAUCCUUUGAUCUGACAGGUGCCAGUGGACGUCCACCACUGCCUGGAUCCAACAGCACACCAACGGUAACCUCGAUGACCUCAUACACGACAACCACGAGUGCAGGUGUAGCUUCAACGGUCAUAUCAACUAUUACUGUGGAGGUACUUCCGGAUCCAGUGACGAAGACAACGACAACAAAGUCCACUACUUCCACCACAACCACAUUCACUGGUCUACCGGUCACCUCUACCAAGACUGCUAUCCUCACUCUUGAUCUGGGUAUUUUGACCAUACAGUUGGGUCCGAAAACCACUGCAAAUAAUAUCUCAAAUGCGGCUCCUUCAACGACUUCUCACCAGAAUGCUACCAAAAGUCUUGGUGAAAUAUCUUUGGUGACAAAUACUAUGACUACUUACCAAUCGACGGUCACUUCAACUCAGAUAUCUACAUCAGUAAAAAUUGAGACAUUCCAUCCCGAACCACAAAAUCUCAUUUCCACAGUCACAACUCUUGUCGGCAUAGGUGGAACAGUCACGAAGUCAGUCGAAGAUGUCACUGUUGUGUUAAGCGCCACUUCAACAAGAACGUUGACGAAGGUCACGACCACCACUCUCAUGUGCACCCCCCUACCUACAGAAGCCAAAAGAGGCUUACUGAGGCCCCGGUCUACUGCCCUGGCAGCCACUGUAACUGAUAAAUCAAUCACCACUGGCAUCGUCAAGACAUCAACUAUAACAACUCCUAUACCUACCUCAUACACCACUCGCAUGAUCAGCAAAACAAGAACGCUUGAUCCAAAAACCACUACAGUGACCGUCACCUUGUCCAUCAAGUCCAUUUGGCGCGAUGCUAUCUACAUCUGGGGAGACACUCACUCGUACCCGCGACCUAACAAUCUACGCAUCCUUCUCAACAGUCAUCGUCACAAGAACAGUGAUUGCGACGUCUACUACCACGCAAACUGCAUUGGUGACCCAAACAAGGACACCAUCAGUCACAGUGACAUCCCGCUCCACGUUUUCAUCGACGCAAUAUGUGAAAACGGUUUCCAUGACCAUGACUAUGACAAUCACGAAGACACCAGCGAACGCCACCUCCUGCCCUUCAUGAAUCUCAUUAAUACGCCCUAUACUUACUUUGCAAUACGUCUUUAA